AUGUCAUUCUUUGUAAAACAGCUCACCAGAAGGGUUCUGGCUCCAGCAAUCUCAAUUACCAAAAAAAGUUGUUUCAGCACAACAAACGCUGCCUUUGCGCCAGUAAUCCGUAAACCUGCACCAGAUUUCAAUUCAACUGCAGUAGUCAACGGAGAGUUCAACAAUUUGAAACUAUCAGAUUUUUCUGGAAAAUACGUCGUUCUGGUCUUCUAUCCAUUAGAUUUCACAUUCGUCUGCCCGACUGAACUAAUUGCGUACAGCGAUAGGUCUCAAGAAUUUGCAAGCAUUGAUUGUCAAGUUAUUGGAGUUUCAACAGACUCGGAGUUCAGUCAUUUAGCAUGGGUCAACACUCCUAGAAAGGAUGGCGGUUUAGGAAAAUUGGAUAUACCGUUGCUGUCUGAUUACAAGAAAAACAUUUCAAGGGAUUAUGAUGUUCUUCUUGAUGAAGGGUUUGCUCUUAGAGGAUUAUUCAUUAUUGAUGGCAAUGGCAUAUUAAGACACAUGUCAGUCAACGAUCUUCCAGUCGGAAGGUCCGUUGAUGAAACUCUUAGGCUCGUUAAAGCAUUCCAGUUUGCUGAUAAACAUGGAGAAGUUUGCCCAGCCAAUUGGAAUCCAGAUACAAAUGCAGACACUAUCAAACCAAAUCCCAAAGAAAGCAAGCAAUACUUCCAAAAGGCUAACUAG